AUGGUCAUCAGAUACUUUAUCAUGAAGACGGUGAAAUCCGGAGACAUGGGGGCAAAGUUGUUGACUGGGCAAGAUCUCUCCCGCGCCGUGGACGGGGAAAUUCUCGCAGCGGAGUCUCUCGGGCCACUGGAAGCCGAACUUGUUCAUGAGGGCCUCGCAGCCCUGUCUCGCCCGCUCGCACAAGGAGCGACACGGCGGGAUGGCUUGCUCGAGCACCGUGCACACCGGCGCGUACAUGGAGCAGAGGAAAAACUUAAGGUCCAUCGAGCACUGGACUUUGACGAGAGGGUAGAACUGGUGCACUUCCAGUCCGGCGUCCUCCUGGUUGGUGUGACCCAAAAGCCCAACGACACCACAGUACCUGCUCAAAUUUCUGCCUGCCUGGCAGACAUCUCGGCCUGGAUGAAGGAACACCACCUGCAACUCAACCCAGCCAAGACUGAACUCCUUGUCUUUCCAGCCAACCCUGUUGUUGAACACAACAUCACAGUGCAGCUGGGUGCAACUACAGUAACGCCUUCCAAAUCAGUCAGAAAUCUAAGGGUAACCAUCGACAACAGACUAAAUUUCACAGACCACAUCUCAAAGACCGCAAGAUCAUGUAGAUUUACACUCUACAAUAUCAGGAAGAUAAGACCCUUCCUCUCUGAACAUGCCACAAAACUGCUUUUCCAGUCACUUGUCAUAACUAGACUGGACUACUGUAACGCUCUCACUGCAGGCCUCCCUGCAUGUGCAAUUAGACCCCUCCAAAUGAUCCAGAAUGCAGCAGCACGUCUGGUCUUUAAUGAACCAAAGAGAGCACGUUACACCACUCCUUGUCUCUCUCCACUGGCUGCCGGUUGAUGCACGUAUCAAAUUCAAGUCUCUGAUGCUGGCAUACAGAACAAUCACUGGGUCUGCUCCAGCAUACCUAAAAUCAUUUAUGCAGAGCUACACGCCCACUAGAAGCCUGCGGUCGGCUAAGGAACGUCGCCUUGUUGUACCAACACAAAGAGGCACCAAAACACUUUCCCGGACUUUCAGCUUCAUCAUACCACGUUGGUGGAACAACCUUCCCAACUCCAUCCGUGAAGCUGACUCACUCUCUGUCUUCAAAAAAUGACUAAAACACAUCUUUUCCAUGAGCACUUAACCAGUCAUUAAAAAAUAAAAUAAAAUAAAAUUUCCUGUUGCACUUUAUUCUGUUUUGAAUACUAUUAUGAUGUUAGUGAAACUUUGUAAUACAGCACUUUUCAUACCACUGUCUCCUUAAGAUGAUUCGCUUAUGUUUUCCUCUUUUGUAAGUCGCUUUGGAUAAAAGUGUCUGCCAAAUGAAUAAAUGUAAAUGUAAAUGUAAAUAUUUAUUAAUUAAUGAUGGAGUAACACAAUUAGUUAUUAGAAAUAAAUAGGAAGGCUGUUUUGUUUAAAAUUAAUUAAAAUAAUUGUGGCAAGAGGGCCUUUUACCACACCUGGGGUAAAAGGCCCCUAGAGGGGUUAUAGUGAUAUUGUGUAAACGGGGUUGUGAGGGUUACUUUUGAAAUGUAUUCCACUACAGAUUACAGAAUACAUGCUGUAAAAUGUAAUAUGUAAUGUAUUCCAUUAGAUUACUCAAGGUCAGUAACAUAUUCUAAAUACUUUGGAUUACUUCUUCAGCACUGGUAGAUUUUUUCACUUGUUUUGACUAUAAAAACUCUGUCAGUACAGUAAGACAAAAUACACAUGUUAAAAAUACAUUCUCUGAAAAACAUAAAUAUCUUAUGCAGUGUUGUUUCUAAAACAAGAUAAUUCAAAUUGAUCUUGUUUUAAGGAUUUUUAGAUAUUUUUACAGGAAAACUAUACAAAAAUUAUUAUCAAGAAUAAGAUUUUUGCCCUAAUAUCAAAGGUCUUACUUGAAAAAAGAAAUUAUGAUCCAUCGUGAAUUUUCUUGAUAAAAAAAUAUGAUUGUGCCUGGUAACGUGCAUGUAAAAUGUCUAGAAAUAGCAUUUUAGCUUAGUGUAAAGCUGAUAAUUUACACAAGGUUUAUUUCUAUUUCUUCUGCUUCAAACUUACUUCAAACUUACUUUAAACUUCUCUGUCUGCUCGUAUGAAUGUAACACAUCAUAAGAAAGUGUUUCACCGCUGUUCAAAUGCACUUUGGAUCGCAUUAUUUAUAUGUAUAAAUAUUUUCCAUCUGAAAGGACUGAAUAUU